AUGGCGCGACUGCGGAUGCGAGGUACUCUUACCCGCGUUCGCGUCAUGACGCGAACGCGGGUAACAUGCAGUCUCCGUUUGAGUCUGCGACUGCCUUCUGCCAGUCACCCUUACCCGCAAUCGCGCCAUGGCGCGAUUGCGGAUGAGUCCGCACAUCCAUUGCCUUGUUUGGCAAGUCCGAGCGCCCGCCCGAUCUCACAGGCACCCACCGACUUGCUCGUGUGCCACAGAGGGCAUGCAUCUGUGGUGUACCACAUCAUCCAUUACACCCUCCGCAUGCAGCGUCCAUUCCGUGUUGUGUCAAGCCCACCGCACCCUGGGGUGAUGUGCGUACCUGCGCAUGAAGACAGCCGACACGGAGAUUGUGCGCGCGUAAGGACUCGCUCGAGAGUGUGCAUCAAACCACCUGCCCGGGCUGUUGCUCGUAUUACUGGGUACGCCUCGAUGAUCAUUGCGGCACCCUAUCGGCACACUGUCCUUGUUUUCAUCGUCUACCCGCGCUUGCGCCACGGCGCGAACACAGGUACUGUGCACUGUUCUGAGAGACUCUCAGACGUACUUGUGAAUGCUCUUUACCCGCGAACGCGGGUUUUCUGGGACGUAAACGUAGAGUGCCAGGCAAUCAAGGAAUUUAAUUCAAAGGAUGCCCCUGGUAGGGUACUCCGAGUAUGUUAUCCGCAAUUGCGCCACGGCGCGAUUGCGGGUAAGAGUACACGCGUGCAGCGCGUGCGCGCCGUGUGGACUGGUCUGUCCGCACCGCUGCCGUUUCCACUGCCCAAUCCCACUGUCAAUCUUGCUCGCAUCACUAUGGUCGGUACCUACGACCUCCAACAAUUUGCGCUUGCUCAGUGCGCAUUCACCAUCAAUCACGCUGACCUCACGGACAACACGCGGAAAGCGGCUUUUGGCCGCGUGCACAACAUGUACAUUUUCACGGACUUACCGCCGCAGCCCAGCGAAUGGACCGCUAAGCAACUCAAGGCGCUCAACCGCCUGUUGCGUUCGUUGCUCAACAGCGCUGUCUCGUGGGACGCAUUCCAGUACAUCGUCCAGCACCACAUCCUGACCGACCCGUGGCUCAUGUCGCUGAAACAGUCAAAUCAAUAUGACCAGUUCCCCCUUGUGCUCGCGACCUGCUUCAAAUGGCAGUACCGGACCGCAGAGGGCAACUUCCCGAACACGAUGGAGGAAUACUUCAUGUGGAGGCGCAUACCGUACGUCACCCUCGAAGAGGACAGCUCGCGCGAGACCAGGAGCGCGUCUCUCGCGCUGUUCUUGAAGCAGUGGUGGAUCCGAAAGUCUAGGAAAGUCCCCUACACACAGAAAUUACAGGCCAUGGCGCAGGAAACGGUGCACCGGAAACUUGCAUCCUCACUGCAAUCGACACUGUUCAAGUUCACUGGCGCACGGCAUACAAUGCUCACGGCACUUCUGAGCACGGAACAUCUGCCUACGAGUCUUAGAACCCUCAGGGAAGCCUGGAAAAGUACAACAAAGGUAGUGCAUACGACGGAAUACGCACACAAUCUACGGGAUGACAUGCACAGACAGCCCUCCGCUCCGACUUGGUGCACGGUGGCGGGGCCGUGUCUCUCGCGCAAAAAGAGUACACCGGGCACUGGCAUUCACAAUAGCGAAGCCUGCGCCAGUGGUGCAUGGCGGCCGGGCCGUGUCUUUGUGCACGGAAAAUGCAGUGCACCAGAAUUCUCAUUGACACCGCAUGCGCCAAUGGUGCACGGUGGCGGGCCGUGUCUCUCGCGCAGAAAGAGUACACCGGGCACUUGCAUUUUUAUUCACACCGCAUGCGCCAGUGGUGCACGGCGGCGGGGCCAUGUCCGUUGUGCUUUGCAGAGGCUGUCUUGGGCCCUCCUGCUAAUGGAUCAUGCGCCGAUGGUGCACGGCGGCGGAGGCACGUCUGUCCGCCAUUACACUGAACACCAGGGCCUUCCUCUGAGCAUGCGCCAGUGGUGCACGGCAACGCGGCCUUCUCCUCACGUAGUACAGACCGGCCGCUUCUGCUCAUUAUGCAUUCCCCAGUGGUGCACGACAGCGGGGUGCACGACAGCGGGGUGCACGACAGCGGAACAUGCGCUCGCGCAUAUCGGUUGUCUCUGUCCACUACGGCGCACCGUGGCCCGGUGUGCGCCAGUGGUGCACGGCAGUGGGCCAGACCCGUUGCGCUCGGGCUCGGCACACACUGCCUUCCCUCGUCCGGUGUGCACCAUCGGUGCACAGCCCUCCGCAAUGUGCCCUCAGCUCGCAGAGGCUGUAUCAGGUCCUCCUGCUAACGGAGCAUGCGCCGGUGGUGCACUGCGGCGGAGGCACGUCUUUCCGCUGUUGUACUGGACACCAGGGCACUCCCUGAGCAUGCGCCAGUGGUGCACAGCGACGUGGCCAUGUCCUCAUGCAGUACAGUCCGUCCGCGUCUGCUCAUUAGGCAUGCACCAGUGGUGCACAACGGCGGAGCAUGCCCCGCCUGCUUCAGUAGUCUACGGUGCACCGUGGCCCGGUGUGCGCCAGUGGUGCACGGCGGGGCGACCUUGUGCUCUGGCCGUAGAUGUCCCUGCGGUGUGCGCCAGUGGUGCACGGCAGUGGGCCGAACCCGUUGCGCUCUGGCUCGGCAUCCACUGA